GUCAAGGUCCGUGCGGGGGUUGCGACAUUGCAUCGCCCUCCAGCAGGACAGUCUGUGAGGCUGUCGGAGAAGCUGCACCUGCAGGUGGACCGAGCCUGGUGCAGGAUGAGGCUCUGGCUGCUGGCGGGUUUAGCGGCUGCGCUCACCCUUGUGGCGGUGGCCGGGGCCGACCUGGGGGACUCAACGGAGGUGGAAGAUGUGGUAGGAGAGAAAGAGGAUCGGCAGAGAGUCAGGAGGGAGGACAAAAGACCCAGGUCACCCCCUUCCCAACCCUGUCCUGGCUGCUAUUCUCCUCUGAGCAAGCCUGGUGAACCAGCGAGAGCCAGGAGACAAGUGGAGAAACAGCAGCAACCCAGACGCAGACCCAGGCCUGAACCUACCUGGAGACCAGGCGUCCUGAUUUCUCUAAGCAAGGAAACGGAUCGGCUGAGAGUCAGGAGGGAGGACAAAAAACCCAGGUCACCCCCUUCCCAACCCUGUCCUGGCUGCUAUUCUCCUCUGAGCAAGCCUGGUGAACCAGCGAGAGCCAGGAGACAAGUGGAGAAACAGCAGCAACCCAGACGCAGACCCAGGCCUGAACCUACCUGGAGACCAGGCUCCCUGAUUCCUCUAAGCGAGGAAACGGUUUGGCUGCAAACCAGGAGGGAGGACAAAAAACUCAGUUCACCACCUUCCCAAGCCUGUCCUGGCUGCUAUUCUCCUCUGAGCAAGCCUGGUGAACCAGCGAGAGCCAAGAGACAAGUGGAGAAACAGCAGCAACCCAGACGCAGACCCAGGCCUAAACCUACCUGGAGACCAGGCUCCCUGAGUCUUCUAAGACCUGCCAAGGUGGAGGUCCAGGAUUCAGAAGUGAGAACCAGGAGGGAAGUUGAGAGAUAUCCGCAGCAGCGACCUAGACCCAGAUCAAAUUCUCCAGGGCACUCACUUUACAACUUUGGCUAUAUGACUCUUCUUUCUUCCUCUUCCAACAUGAGCCUCCAGGAGCAAGAUGUGCUCCGUCCAUGCUGCUCACUGGCAGCAGAGCCCGACGCAGUGCAAAUGAAGCCCAGUACCAGCUCUCUCCUUGCACAGGGGCCUGCACCACAAGGGCGAGGCAGGAGGGCGGCUGAAGGAACUGAGCCACGCACACUAAAACCCAAGCGACCCAGGCUGCCCUGCUCGGGCUGCUACAGCCCUUUAGUGUCCCCCAAGGACAACCACCAGCAAGAGAGAGUUAAGAGGGAAGGCCAGAAACCACAGCAAGACAGACCCACAAGGAAGCCCACUUGGAGACCCGGCUCUGGGUCCAUCCUAGGCUUGCGUCCCCAUGAGGAAGUCAAAAACAAGCUCCCCGCCCCCAAGCUCCCCUGUCCCGGCUGCCAUGGAUCUGUAACCACUGGCCAGGAGGGGCGCUCUGCUGAGGGGAUCCUGAGCCCCAGGACCAGGAGAGAAGACGAAAGGCCCACGGUGGCGAAGCGCAAAGCCAAGCAGAGAGCAAGAGACGGACUGUACUGUGCUGGCUGCUAUUCCGGCCUCACGCUGCGGAGCCAGACGCCCCCCUUGAGAGAGGCGGCGGAUGGAGGAUCAAGCAGAGAUUAGCUACUGCACCCACCUGAGGCGGAGUCCUUCCAGGCCUCACCUCCCUUGUGUAGCUAGGCAGCAGCCCAGGCUGGAGUCUGGUAGCCACCCAUCCCCUCCAUGCCCCUGAGAUCAGUUACACGGAAUCUGGAUCCCAACCCCCCCUUCACCCUCCAGCCAGUACAAACACCCCCUGCUUCUCCUGCUGUAGGGCUGGGAUGGAUCCAAGGCCCCUUUCUCUGCAUCCUGCAAACCCACAACCCCACCCGCCCCUGCCUCGUUCCCUGUAACAGCACAGACAAGGGGAGCGUGGCCGCCAGGGGACCAGAACGGCCUGUCCCAUGGUGCCCUCUGGCCUCGCAAGCCGCUGUGCAGAGGCAGAUAGAUAGCAAUGAAAUGAAAGCUCCGUAGAAAGGGCUGAACUCCCAAGGGUGUACGUGGGUCCAGCUCUGCUGCGCUGAGUGGAACUGCGCCCGUUUAUACCUGCGGGGAACGUGAGCUAAGAGUGCAAAUAAACACAAAUACACUCGCUCUGUGUGACCUGCUCCUGUUGGCAGGGCUGGGCCUUGAGUAAGUACUGCACGACUGCCCAGGGCUUCGCCGGCCCCUUUUCUUCAGCUCAUUUACUCCUGGUGUCCUCUGCUGAGGAGAGGGGGCCAGAGAGCUCCGUGCUGCAUGAGCCAAUGGAGGAGGGGUCACAUAGCCGCUUUAAUUUACAGAUACAUGCUGUGGAGACCACAGCUCCCAGCAUGCAAUGCUCCUCCUCGAGCUGCAUGGCCUAGCUGAACACCCUCGCACUCAGCACCGCCGUUCUGGUGGCCCCACAGCCCCAUACACAGUGGGAGAUUUGGUCUCAGCUCGUGGUGCCGUAUUACAGACCCACCAUGACAGCUGGCUCUAGGGCCUGGCUGUGCCAUGGGGACCCUCUGCUCUGACGGUGGCUCUGUAGCCAGGGCUGACGCAUGCUGUUAUCUGGUGCAGAGGGGGGUGAUUUGCAGUGUCGCUGCCUGUGCAGCACCUAUUCUUUGCAUAAAGAGAGGAAUUUAAUUAGCUCUUUAAUGAGCUGAAAAUCCGAAAGGCCUCCUGUGAAAAGUGGAAACAUGGACAAAUUGCAAAGGAGGAGUACAAAAGAACAGCGCAAGCACAUAGGGACAGAAUCAGAAAAGCAAAGGCACAAAAUGCGAGUUACACUAGCAAGGGAGAUGAAAGGAACUUGAAGUGGUUCUAUAAGUACAUGCGCAGCAAGAGGAAGAGAAAGGAAAGUUUAGACCCACUGCUUAGUGGGGAGGGAGAGCUGGUAAUGGAUGACACCAAGAAGACUGAGGUGUUUAAUGCCUCUUUUGUUUCUGUUGUCACUAAAAAGGUAAAUUGUAGCCAGAUACUUAACACAAUUAAUAUUAACAAGAGGGAAGGAAUGAAAACCAAAACAGGGAAAGCACAAGUGAAAGACUAUUUAGAUAAAUUGGAUGUAUUCAAGUCAGCAGGGCCUGAUGAAAUUUACCCCAGGUUAUUUCAGGAACUAGCUGAAACCGUCUUGGAACCAUUAGCGAUUAUCUUUGACAACUCAUGGAGGAUGGGUGAGAGCCCAGAGAACUGGAGAACAAACAUGGUAUCUCUCAUUAAAAAGGGAACAAAUUGGCCCCGGGGGAUUAUAGACCAGGCAGCCUAAAACGUCAAUAUCUGGAAAGAUACUGGAACAAAUGAUUAACCAAUCAGCUUGUGAGCACCUGGAGGAUAACGAGGUUACAGGGAAUAGCCAGCAGGGGUUUGUCAAGAACAAAUCAUGCCUGACCAACCGAAUUUCCUUCUGUGACAGUUUACUGGCCGAGCUGCGGGGAAGCAGUAGAUGUGGAGGUCUUGGUUCUCACCUUCUGCUGGCAGGGCCUGUGUGGCGAUGAGAACUCUGUUAAAGGCCCUGUAUCCUACUGGUUCCUCUCAAAAGAGCUGAGCUGAGGAUGACGAACAGUGGAUGGUGCAGAGCUGAGGUGGUGACUUUGAGGUGCCAGACAGCACAGAGGUGGCGUGAACACACGCCCUGGUGCAGAGGCAGCUUGGGCUGAAGCUGCACAGAGCAGCAGCCUCCCCAGGAGACUCCAGUGCAGGCCCCUCUACCCAGUCAUUAAAGCUGAAACUGCCCCAGCUGGGUCUGGUGGUAAAGCCCCUGGAGCUGCCCAGGCAACAGGGACCUGCCAGAGCCCUGGGGCUUCCUCACUGCAGGACAAGAAGCUGUGAGUGGGGGAGCUGGGGGAGCGGAAGGGGCCAGGAUGCACCAGCUGCUCACAACUGCCAGAGGAAACCGGAGGCUGGAACUAUUGCUGAAGUGCCCCAGGAGGUUGACAUCUUACCUAACAUUAUAAAUUCAUUACUUGCUGGUUUUCCCAAGUUUCUAUUCUCCCCCUCCUCAUUCCCCUCCCCAAUCAUAUUCUCUUUGUUUAAACCCCCGGACUCAGUACCUGCAAAUGGGGAAGUAUUGGCCACCCAGGGCACCCAGGGUGGGGGCUGUAGUUUCCUAGAUUUCCAGGUGGGGGCUCGCACUGGUGUUGGGGAUGGAUGCAGAAGAAAGCGAAGCACAGAAGGGAGAGGGGAUUUUGGGAGUGUGCGCAGGGGCUGCAGAGAGGUGGAAGAGGCAGAGGGGGAAUGUGGAGGAGAGGAGGUAGAGGUAACUCUGGUUGCUUUGCAUUGCUCCAGUGAUGUAAAACAAGUAAGCUGGCACCCUCCUUGCACUGUUCUGCACUGCUCUGGCAUGGC